GCAUCAUGAUGCGUUGAAUGGUGCAUCCUCCCGGUUCCAGAUAAGUGAAACAAGUUGAAGCUGCGGUUGUUUGUGUCGGAUGCUCGAUAACCAAGACGCAGGUUGAUGAACGAUGCACCGCUAAUCGAUAUCGGCUACUUGCGUGAAGUUAUGAGCUAAUGCCGGCAGUGUUCAUCGAUGGACGCGCACACGAGGAGCGGGACCGGCGGUCAGGACGCCGCCCUGGUCAUUCUGGCCUUUCUCCAGACGGACGGCGGAAACUCGGAGUACAGCAAGGAGCUGCUCUCUCUGGGCAACGACUUCAAUCUCACGCGGGACGUCAACUGCAACGUCCCGGGCCACAACCAGCACCAGCAGCAUCAGCACCAGCGCAGCAUCGCCAUCACCCAGGACGACGAUGGUGACCUGGAGACGGACGGUCACCUGCCCAGCUGCCCCCUGCUGUAUACACGCGACCUGCAGCCCUCGGUGGAGCUGCAGUGGCUCAUAGGGAACCACGAAGCCGCAGCAGAACUCCGGCGGGUGGCUGAGGAGCUGAGGGAGAUCGGAGCCCAAAUCGAACAGGAGGUCGUGGCUCGGGCCACGAGGAACCUGAGACGGAACAUCUCGGCCUCCCCCUCCGAGCAAUGGAGAACCUACCUGACCCGGGAGGUGGAGCAGGUCAUGAGGCGCGGCGUUGGUCUGGAGCAGCUCCCCCAGGAGCGAGUCCUGAUGGCCCUGACUCUCACCCUAGUGAAGGGAGUGUGCGAGCAGGCGCCGCACUUUUUGAGGAACCUCUUCAACGCGGCGCUGCAGUACAUCGGCCAGUCGGGGUCCAGGUGACUCUCACAGCUGCAGGCUGAGAGGAAGUUACAAGAAAUGUGUUUGGUGGAAGACGGAGUGAAUGUGAAACCGACAGCUGCUCCUCAUGACCAGGCCACUGCGAACAGAGCCGUGUUAGGUAGUUCAGUGAAGUUAAUACUUUUCAAACUCAUAAAUAAUUAGAUUUUCUUUUUGUUAAGUUUUGAAAUGGGGAAGUUCCACAGGUUUUUGGAGUUUGUGACUUGAAUAUUUGUUUUCAGUGCUUCAUGUGCUGUGGUUUACUCUUGCCUUAAAGUGUAUCUUUUUGUUUCAUACUUGAAAUAGAUGUUUUUUUCGUAAAAACAGUAAUUUUGCCAAUAUGUUGUCCAAACUUGAACAGUAUUGCUUCUGGGAUUUAAUUUUACUUUCAAUCUCUAAAUAAUUGGUUUGACUGACAAUGUAUUUCAUAUUCCAUUCCAAAUGAAAAUUACACCCUUGAGCCUUUUUAAUAAACCAUUACAAAAAGAA